AUGAAUUCCUAUUUAAAUUUUAGAAUUACUGAUUCCCAGUAUGAAUCGCAUGUCUCGACCCAAGAUGAAUCUCAAGUCCCGACCCAAGAAUCUCAAGUCCCGACCCAAGAUGAACCCCAAGUCUCAACUGAAGAUAAGCCUCAAGCUCCAAUACAAGAAAAACCACAAAUUCCAAUACAACAUAAAG